AUGGGAUUCCCGUGUCAUGCCUAUAGAACAGGUGAUAUCAUGCGCGUGGAUGAGUCUGGGUUGUACAACUUUGUCGGCCGUUGCGACAGGCAAGUCAAGGUCCGGGGCCAUCGUGUCGAGUUAGAAGGUCUUGAGAAUAUUUUCUUGAGCACGAACCUCGCCUCCGCAGCAGCGGUUGUCAAGGUUGACCCCAAGGAUGCCGACAUGGGGCCAAUACUGGUUGCCUAUAUUGUACCGCAAUGCAUUCAUAUCGACCGGGAGAUCUUAGCACGAGAAUUCGUGAACCGCGCUCCUCGUCUUGCCGCGCCUCGCGUUGAGCUCCUCGCGGAGCUUCCAUUGGGGAUAAUAGGGAAGUAUAACCGAAGGAAGCUUGAACAACUAUAUACCGAGAAGAUGAGGGACCGCCUGCAUUCUUCUGAUGACUUCUUCCAUAUGGGCGGAACCUCACUUCAAGUCGCAUAUCUCAUCGGCCGAAUUCGAUUUUCACUAGGAAUCGAGCUACGGUCCACAGCCCUUUACGAGAAUUCCACACUAGGCCAGCUCACCCAGCUGGUUCAAAAGCACAAGAAUGGAGCAGCUUUGCCAGACGCAGUGGACGAGCAAAGCGUGCUAGCUCGUGAUUCAUUUCUAGGUCAAGACCUGCCGGCCAGUCUCAAUCCAGCCGUCGACUGGCUCGACGCUUCAGAAGGCCGAGUAUUCCUCACCGGAGCCACUGGAUUCGUCAGCGCAUUCCUUCUCGCAACACUGCUGUCUAUGCCCCAGGUCAUCCAAGUCGCAUGUCUUGUUCGGGUGCAGGACACAUCUGCAGCCGAUUUGUGCAUUAAGAAAACACUAGAGAAGUACAGACUGCCUGGUUCCCAGGAGAGAAAAAUCAUCUCUGUCCCCGGCGACUUGUCCCUCCCGCGCCUCGGCCUUCCUCAAGAACAGUACAAUCACUAUGCAACCAGGGCGAGUGUGGUCUUUCAUUUGGGAGCACUAGUCAGUUACAUCCAGCCAUACUCCUGUCACCGAGCGGCCAAUGUCCUCGGAACAUUAGAAAUGAUAAGGCUUGCCAACCACUCCCGACCAAAACGGCUCAUUUACACCUCAAGCCUCGCCGCGUAUGGACCUACAGGAUUUGUCCAAGGAACCAAGACCGUCUCAGAGGAUGAGCAGCCACUAAGCCAUAUUGCAGCUCUGCAGUACGACACUGGAUAUUCCCAAAGCCAGUUCGUGGCGGAAAAUAUAGUAUGGAAUGCUAUCCACAAUGGUUCGCCGGCGAUCAUCGUCCGUCUUGGGUAUGUCCUCGGCCACAGUCGGACGGGAAGAGGGAACCCGAAGGAUUUUAUCAGUUGUCUCAUGUCAUCCUGUCUUCGGCUGGGUUAUUACCCCGUCGUGCCGGGGCAAUGCAAAGCCUUCACCUCGGUGGAUUUCGUGGUGGAUGCGAUGCUGCGAAUCGCCGCCUUCGAGGAGAACGUGGGCCAUGCUUAUAAUUUGAUCCAGCCGGCCCCAAUAGAUCUUCAAGAAACAUUUGACCUAGUCAGUGGACAGUGCUCUCGCUCUAUGCAAGCAAUAUCCUUUUCCUGCUGGCUGGAAAUGUUUAUCAACGAUGCGAUGAGCCGGCUACAUCCUUUUCUUCCGCUAUUCCAGGAGAAGAUAUGGGGUACUCACACACGUUGGGAGGUCCAAGGAAAUGCGCCUCGAUUUGAGAUUAAAAACACUCUUUGGGCUCUACGUAAUAACCCGGAGCUGCUUGCGUGGAUGCCGGCGCUGGAUCUGCUUCAAAAGUACAUUCCCGAGUGGUCUGCGGCUUCAAACAAUAUUUGA